CCAACCACAACGCAUGCAGCAGCAGCAGCCAGUCAAACUACUUUUUUUCUUUCCUUUCACACCAUUUGCUGAAUUUCUGUGCCCAAGACUUUUGUUUGUCAAGAAAUCUGAUUUCCGGACGGCGUCCUCUAGCCUGCCUUGUCCACACAUUACACAUACACAUGCUGAAAGUAUGAUACUUAGAAUAGCAAUGGCAGGAGUAGACUGUGUAUGUUUGUGUAUGUACUUGUUGUGAAAGACAGUUUGUCUUCUGUCCCGGAGAAAUCUAUGUAGAAAUUUUGCAGUUCUUGUGAUGGACGGAGUACUGAUCAGAGAUGAUGAAAAAAGUAAUCAAAUGAAAAUGAAAAUAAAAGCAUAGUUUGAGCUUUGUUGCAUAGUGGGACUGGACAGCGUAAGAGGGAGACAGCCACAUUUGAUUGUUGUUAUGUCAAAUCGUAAUAAUAUCAAACACCCUCUUCUCAGUUUAAGAACAGGGAGUGUGUUUGUGUAAAUAAUUCUUGUUUCUGUGGUAAUGAGGAGCUGUUUUUUCUGCGAAAACUGGUGUGCCAAUGGUGGUAACAUUGAGGUCCAGGCUUGGACCUGGCGGAGCAUUUAGCAUGACCGUCUGGACUCGCAAUACUUAGGAAAUGAACCUAUGAAAAGGAGAGGAGACAGCGGUGGAGGGAGCGGGAGGAAAAAAGCUAAAGUAGAUAAUGUCUUUCUCAGGCGCGGAUCCCUAUGGAUUGCAGGAAGAAUGCCCGGCAUUGCUUGCUGGAACUCAUUCUUCUUGUUUAGCUUAAAGGGUCUUGCUUUCUUCCCUUUAGAGAGAGAGAGAAGAGAGAGAGAGAGAGAGAGAGGGAAAAGCAAAAGAAAAAGGACCAUGGAUUCUGUCAUUCAACAGAGGAUUCGCUUUGGUUAAGAUUUUGGGCUACUUAAGCCUGUAGCUAGGAAACAAGAGAAACCGGUUCUUUUAAAGGAGAGUUAGGGGGGACAUUAUUAGUUUAGUUUCAUUCCAAUGAUUGACUCGCUUUCUUGCAACAACAAAAUAAACAAACUUGCUAAGAACCUCUCUUUUACAUGUAUAAAUUUUUCUAAUUGAGAAAGCAGAUUCGUAGAGAAAAAUGAAGCCCACGAGUAAUGACAGUAACUGCAGCCAAAAUGAUAACUGGUUGAGCUUCUCUCUUUCUGCAGAUCGUCAUUACACACAGCCUUUUUCUAGUGAUGUUUCCUUGAGCUUCUCCUCUAGUUUUAACUGUCCAGGAAUUUACUAUGGGGUUGACAGUGAAAAUUCUGGUUUAGAUAUGAUGCCACUGAAGUCCGAUGGCUCAUUGUGCUUAACGGGAGCUAUCAACACUUCACACCCACAAGGAAUGGCAACUUCAACGCCCAAGCUGGAGGAUUUCCAUCACUAUGACAGAGGAGGAAUGGCUCUCAGCCUGGACAGCUUUUACUUACCCCAAAACACUGGAAACCAGGCCGGCAAUGGCCAAGAUUUUCUCAGUCAUCAUCACGAAAACUCCAACCACCGGCAGAUUGUUCAGUUUCAGGAGUAUCCGAAUUCCUCGGUGACUGGUGGGCCAGACAUCUACCAGGCAUUAGACGGGAAGGCUAAAGAGAUUGAUCACCUUGCAGAAUUCAAUCUCCGGACGGCUGAUGAUGAGAUACCUGGACUGGGAAAUUGGGUUUCAAGAAACUGCCCCGAUGCGGGUAAAUUAGAGCAGUUUGAUUCAGUGGGUUAUGGUGAUUUACAGUCUUUAACCCUGUCAAUGAGCCCUGGUUCCCUGUCCAGCUCCCUGAAUGGUUCACAACAAAUCAAACCUGCUAUGGCUGACUGCAUCGGCUGGGAGAACAAGAAGAGGGCCCCAGGAAAGGGUGAUCAGAAGCACAUUGUUCAUCGGAAGUCCAUUGAUACUUUCGGGCAAAGGACCUCUCAGUACAGAGGAGUCACAAGGCACAGGUGGACAGGGAGAUACGAAGCCCAUCUAUGGGACAACAGUUGUAAGAAAGAAGGCCAAAGCAGAAAAGGAAGACAGGUUUACCUAGGGGGUUAUGAUAUGGAAGAAAAGGCUGCAAGAGCUUAUGAUUUAGCAGCACUCAAGUAUUGGGGAACUUCAACCCAUAUAAAUUUUCCGUUGGAAAAUUAUCAACAAGAACUUGAAGAUAUGAAGAACAUGAGCAGACAAGAAUUCGUUGCUCGCCUAAGACGGAAAAGCAGUGGUUUCUCGAGGGGAGCUUCGAUUUACAGAGGAGUAACAAGCAGACAUCAUCAACACGGACGUUGGCAAGCUCGGAUCGGCAGGGUGGCAGGAAACAAGGAUCUUUAUCUUGGGACAUUCAGCACCCAAGAAGAAGCUGCUGAGGCAUAUGAUGUAGCUGCUAUCAAAUUCAGGGGCGUAAACGCUGUAACAAACUUUGAUACAUCUCGUUACAACGUAGAGCGGAUUAUGGAAAGCAAUGCUCUUCUUUCUGGGGAAAUGGCAAGGCGGAACAAAGACGCUGAUUCAAUACAUAAUGAGACUACUUCAUUUACCCGUCCUUCUAAUCCUAGCGACAACAUGGACUCAAAUGUCUCGAAGGAGAGCCACAGUGACGUGUCUGAGUUGGGAAUGGCGCUGUAUCACUCCUCCAACUUUAAGGCUGCAAGUUCAUCAGUAUCUGUAGAUGGGAUGAUAACAGAGGUGAUAGUCUCUGACCAACACAACGUGGAGGAGACAGGCAAAACUGUGAGUCGGUUGCUAUUGACGAGCUUGAAUGGCUCUAGUGCGGACAGCAUCCCUGUUAGGAAAAACAGCAACGAAAUGGAGUUUUCCAAGUUCUUCACCCUGCCGACGACUGCAAUGAAUUAUUGGAUCCCGUCAGCCCAGAUGAGGGCUGAAGUGCCACUUUUUUCUGCAUGGGCUGAUGCAUCUUAAUGUAAUUCAGGAAAGAAUAGUUUUGAAUUUGAACUGAACUCUCACAAGGGUUCUUGAAAAUUAUUGGCUCAAAAUUGUGAGUUGGGGUUAAACAUUCUGUCAAGAAGUUAGUUUUUCCACAGAUCAGUAGAA